UGCUGCUGAAUCAGCACAUUUGAGCAUGCUGCACUGUUCCACGUGAUACUGCUUCAGCAAAGAGAGGCUCUAGAGGGCCAAGGGAGAGUACAGUACAGAUAUCUGCAAGGCUACACUUCUACAUACUGUUCGCAGAAAUGAGCUCUAUUGGAACAGGGUAUGAUCUGUCAGCGGCCCAGUUCUCUCCCGACGGGAGGAUCUUCCAACUCGAGUACGCUAUGAAGGCAGUAGAAAACAGCAGCACUGUGGUGGGUAUUUGUGGCAAGGACGGAGUCGUGCUGGGAGUGGAGAAACUGAUCACCUCAAAGCUCCACGAGGUCUCGUCCAACAAGAGGCUAUUCACUAUUGAUAGACACGUUGGAAUUGCCAUCUCGGGUCUGAUUGCUGAUGCUCGUCAGGUUGUGAGCAGAGCCAAAGACGAGGCUGCUGACUAUAGAAUGACCUAUUCUCAGUCUAUACCGGCAAAGCAUUUGAUGAACCGAGUGUCAAGCUUCAUGCAUGUGUACACACUGUACAGUGCAGUGCGACCAUUUGGCUGCAGUCUCAUGAUGGGCUCCUACGGACCUGAGGGCCCCACCCUCUACAUGGCAGACCCUUCUGGGGUAUCAUGGGGCUACAAUGGCUGUGCCGUGGGCAAGGCUAAGCAAGCAGCAAAGACUGAACUGGAAAAACUCAAGAUGAAAGACAUGACAUGCCGAGAACUGGUCAACGAAGUGGCGAAGAUUAUCUAUACAGUACAUGAUGAGGUGAAGGACAAGGCCUUUGAGUUGGAGCUGAGCUGGGUAGGAGAAGUGAGUGGUGGUGUGCACGAGAUGGUUCCGCAAGAGAUUAGAGAGGAGGCCGAGAGACUCGCUAAAGAGGCACUCAAGGAUUCAGACUCUGAGGACGAUGAUUAGACAAUCAGUAGCCUGUCAUUAUAAUUAUAGUAUCACAAUUAUUAUGCUAUUACUGGUACCAAGAUCAAGAGUACUCGUAUCUAUACUCUUGCUGGUAGAUCUACCCUAUUUGAAUUAAAAGUCGCACUAUUAAAUA